AUGUUGACGGUCGAGAAGCAGUGGAUUAAUGUUCAGCAAAAGACAUUCACAAAAUGGCUUAACAAUAAGUUGAAGGCCCGUAAGGGUCUGGCGAUCGAGGAUCUGGUCACAGAUCUCUCCGAUGGUGUCAUCCUUAUCCAUCUCCUUGAGAUCUUGGGUGGAGAGUCCCUCGGUCGAUAUGCGUCGAAGCCAAAGCUGCGAGUGCAGCGAUUCGAAAAUGUCAACAAGAGUCUAGACUUUAUCAAAGGAAGGAGAAUUCAGAUGACCAACAUUGGUGCAGAGGAUAUCGUCGACGGGAAUAGAAAGAUCAUUCUAGGCUUAAUAUGGACGCUGAUUCUCCGAUUCACUAUUAGCGACAUCAACGAAGAGGGUAUGACAGCAAAGGAAGGUUUGCUCCUGUGGUGUCAACGAAAGACAGCAUGCUAUGAGGGGGUCGAGGUCCGAGACUUCUCAACCAGCUGGAAUGACGGUCUGGCGUUUUGUGCACUGCUCGAUAUACACCGUCCCGAUUUGAUCGACUUCGAUUCCUUGGAUAAGAAUGACCACCGGGGGAACAUGAAACUCGCUUUCGACAUCGCUUCGAACGAAAUCGGUAUCCCCGACCUCCUUGAUGUGGACGAUGUGUGUGAUGUGCCGCGACCUGACGAACGAUCUCUCAUGACCUACAUUGCCUACUGGUUCCAUGCCUUCUCCCAACUCGAACGGGUGGAAAACGCCGGACGCCGUGUAGAGAAGUUCGUCAAUAAUAUGCAUGGAGCAUGGGAUAUGCAAAGCGGCUACGAGCGUCGAAUGAAAGAACUUCUCCGAUUGAUUCGGAACCAGCGCGAGGGGUGGCAGAAUGCUUCUUUCGAGGGGACAUAUAAGGAUGUCAAGGAGCAGGCGCAUCAGUUCUCGCUCUAUAAGCGAAAUGAAAAACGGCAAUGGGUUGCAGAAAAGUCGGACUUGGCCGCCUUGUUGGGCAACAUCAAGACAAAGCUGGGCACCUAUCGACUGCGCUCUUACGAGCCACCACAUGAACUGAGUGUGGAGAUCUGUGACGAGGAGUGGGAGAAUUUGACCCGAGAUGAGCACCAGCGCAGUCAACUCAUCAACGAGACUAUUAGGGAUAUCAAAAACGCCCUCCGUCGAUCCUUUGCAGACAAAGCAAAUGAUUUUGCGUUGACACUCAAGACGAUAUCGCUAGCCAUCUCAGGACUCGAUGGCGAUGUCGAGGACCAGUUGGACCAUGUCAAUGCAGUCAACGUCAAACUGCCACCCCUUGACGAAUUCCUCGAUGCUAUCGCAGAGCUGGACGAACAGUGUGCUGAGGCUAACAUCGAAGAAAACGAUUUCACCACAUAUACACUUGAUGAACUCUCGUAUGAGCUCAGUCUAGUGAAAUCCAGUAUCUCAAAAAAGCUGGCCUUCCUCGAGAAUCAGAUGGUUGCUCGCAGUAUGACUAAUUUGACUCCCAUACAGUUGGAAGAGUUCGAGUCAGUUUUUCGCCACUUCGAUCGAGACUCGUCUAACACCCUUCAUGAAUUGGAAUUCUCUGCUGCCCUCGCCAGUCUUGGCCUGGUUUAUGACGAAGACGAGAUGCACCAGGUUUACGUCGAGGUCUGUGGUCAGGAUCGACUAGCACAGAACGCUGGAGUCAGUUUCGAGCAGUUCAUUCGCUUCAUGGUCAGCGUGACUGAAGAUCAGAACACUGCUGAACAGGUUUUCCAAAGCUUUAAGGAGGUUGCUGAUGGCAAGCCUUAUGUCACGGAGCUUGAUCUCCGACACUCCCUUAUCCCAGAUGAAGUGAUUGAGCACCUAGUCAAAACUAUGCCCCCACACGAGGGACCUGAUCUCCUUGAAGACCGGGAACUGGCCAAGUUUGACUACAUCAGUUUCAUGGAGAAAAUGAUCGAGGCGAAUAAAAGGAAUGGGAAAGAAUGA